ACGGUCACGCGGUCACGAGCAGGCCCUCAAUUCCAUGUCGCCGUCUCCUGUCCUGUUUCUUCGAUACGGGCUUCUUCUGAUCAUCGCCUUCGGGAAUGGUAUUUGUGACGAACACGAAUACAGACUGACGAAGCACUUGCUGGAAGGAUAUGACGCCGGUGUGAGGCCAGCUAAAAAUUCGUCCCAACCUCUGGUCGUGGUUUUUGGGCUGUCUCUUCAUCAUAUUAUCGACGUCGAUGAAAAGAACCAGAUACUCACGACCAACUGUUGGGUUACGCAGGUUUGGACCGAUCAUCAUUUGAAAUGGAAUGCCUCGGAAUUCGCUGGAAUUCGAGUGAUCCGCGUACCCUACCAUCGUGUCUGGCGACCUGACACGAUUUUGUAUAACAAUGCGGACCCACAAUAUAGUUCAGCGGUCAUCAAUACAAACGUGAUCGUCAGUCACACGGGCGAGGUGGUCUGGCUAAGCCACGGUAUCUUUCGCAGCAGCUGCGACAUAAAUGUAGAGUUCUUUCCCUUUGACGAGCAACGAUGCGCCCUCAAAUGGGCCUCCUGGACGUACGACGGGUACCAACUCGAGCUGGAGAGGCAGAGCGAGCAGGGGGACGUGAGCAAUUAUCAGGCGAACGGCGAGUUCCAUCUCCUGGACUUUACCGCUCGCAGAAACGUCGAGUAUUACUCCUGCUGCGAGGAACCGUAUCCCGACAUCACUUACGAGAUCCGCUUACGACGACGUCCAAUGUUCUACGUCUUCAACCUGAUCCUGCCCUGCAUACUAAUCAACGGGGUCGCCCUGCUGGUGUUCUACGUGCCCUCCGAGUCAGGGGAGAAAGUCACCCUCGGCAUCUCGGCCCUUCUCUCCAUGACGGUAUUCCUGAUGACCAUUCGCGAAACUUUGCCGCCCACGGAGAAGACACCGCUGAUAAGUCUCUACUAUGGCGUCAGCAUUUGUCUGGUGUCGUUCGCAUCCGGUCUGGCGGUCGUGACAUUGAAUCUGCAUCACCGUGGUGUGCGGGGCAUCCGCGUACCGAGGAUCGUGAGAUCGCUGGUCUUAGACAAAUUAGCCAGGAUAGUAUUUCUGAAUUUCCAAGAGGAGAAUAGAUCGCAGGAGCCGGCGGAACAAUUCCCGAGAAGAAAGAACAAUUGUCCGCUGCACUGCAAGCCCGAACUGCCGGAGCAGCACGUAUCCCCCAAAUAUGUAUCGAGGAAAGACGAUAGUAAUAGCUCUAGUCCCAGUCUAGAUCUCGGAAAGGAAGGCGGCCUUGAGGCGCAUUGGUCCCGGGUCCUGGGAAGAGUGCACGCGACCAUCGAGAGGAACGAGCGCCGCCUGGUCGAGCAGGAUCGCCGGGAAAGGACAGAGUUAGAUUGGAAACAGGUCGCCCUGGUCAGUGAUCGUGCCCUGUUGUGCGUUUUCUUGCUUACGACGAUCGUCAGCACGGCGGUGAUUUUAUGCGGCUCGCCACCGACCCCGGAUGCGUCCAAAGAUGGGUAAUCCUUGGACCACCGGUUCGACUGAUCGUUCGAUGGUCGGCGAACAAUCCUCUUCGAGGAUCAUCGAUGAUAUUUAAUUCAGAUAAUUUUGUUCCACGUACUAGAAAAACAUUACAUUUAGCAGGCUCGUUUAUGCGACGAAUAAAAACGAAUAUUUUUCGUUAAUACUUUUUGUUUUACGAACGAAACAUGUUUUUUCUCGUGCAAAAAAUAAGUGAAUUUUGAGAAAAGAAUAGAAACUUCUAUUUCUGUUUGCUGGAUAUCAAAGGAAAGAAAGAUUAUUUCGAGACAAAUUCAAAGUGUUCGCAUAUUUCUUGCACGAAAUGAAGAUGUAUCGUGUAAAUUAGACAGAUAUAACAUGUGUAGGAAAUGAAGUAUUUAUCUUAUGAACAGGGGUAAAUUUAGGGAAUAUAAAAUCGUUGUUUAUUAAUCCUAGCAACAAAUUAUUUUGUUUUUUUAUGAAUAAAUAUAUUGGCGGCCUUUUUGAGAGUUCACGUAUCUCGAAUUAUAACUUAAAUUCGCCCCUGCUCUCUCGACGUUUUUUUUUUACAUCGAACAAACGAAAAUAAUUUCGAAGUAGCUAAAACUGUAAAUAUCGGCAUCGAAUUUGUCGCAAAAAACGUAAAUCUAGCGACGUAGUAAAUUCGUUAAAAACUCAUUAGUACGUUAAAAAUGUGUCGGUAUUUAUUGAAAAGUUAAUUGAAAUUGAAAUGAAAUAUUAAUAUUUAGAUUUAGAAGCGUUAUU